AUGCGAACUUGGGAGGAAGCAACUUGGACAAGUUUGAUUUGCUGUGACAAAGCCAAGCAGGAAAGGCUUAUGCUGUCUGUCUGUGCAGCCAAGCCAGUCAGUUCGAAUCCUGCUCCCUCCACCUCCUCCCCGCUUACCGUGGCAAGGAUAACCCGGCUGGCUAUCGACAACAACCACCCGCCUGUGCCGUCGAGCCCACACUUGUUGGGAACUUCGUCUCCAUGGCUACAAACGACCGACAGCUCCGCUGUUUGGACACAGGCCCCUCUCGAUGAAGAGCCGUCAACUGCCGUCAGACGAACCCUCCGUGCGCCUGAAGGCACGGGGUCGCGUCAGUGA